AAUGGGUUCGCUUGACUCGCGGAUCAGCUGUGUUGUGCUUUGAAAUUCAAACCGCAGUGCUUUGGUAUAUCUUGCAGUGAGUCGCAUCAGAGUUAAAAUUUAAAUGAGGAAGCAUCCGUCCUUCCGGUGCCGUUGCUGCUGUCGUCUACGAUGACAAAACGUCGGCAGUUGUAUCUGGUUGUGGUUGGAUUGUUGUUCCUGCUGCUGGCGAUCAUAUUUGUGGCGAACUUUUUCUUCAUUAACUGGCUGACGGCGGUGGAUAAUCGAAACGUGUCCCCAGGUGAGGAUGUGGCCCCUCGGCAUGGCCAUGUCAUUGAAGAUAGCAACCCUCUGUUAGUGCAGUUAGACCGCCAAGAAAGUCAGCAGCAGGGGUUGAAAGCAAAUCGAGCGGAAGGCAUUCUCGGUGCGGUGCAAUCUCGUGUUGGGAAAUUGAAGGCAGUGUAUAGGAAUCGAAACCCUCGCUACUAUCCGGUGAAGCGUGGGAUAUUACGAGCAUUCAUAGGAAAGACGUACAACAUUUCGACAGUGUGGAAGACAGCAGCGGCGUGGCCCUCGGGUAACGAAAUCUACCCCGCGAAAGACGAACGCCUCGGCAAGGUUGUUCAAGCGCUGCAAGAAGCAGAAAUAGUCUCGGCUAGGAACACGCCAAGGGGAACCCAACUGAAAUUAUUAUUCGAUUUGACUGGAAAACAAACCGUCCUAUUCAAACCUAGCUGGUACCGCCGGGAUACCAUCAUUGAGGGCACCGUCUACUCGGGAAAGGAUCGCCACAACUCGGAAGUUGUCGCGUUCCAUCUUGGUGCAAUAUUAAAUAUGCGCUGGACGCCUAUCGUCGUGGGUCGACGUGUCUCCCUGCAGGAAAUCUAUCGCUUGGCGGACACUGAACUGCAAGCAACGAUGAUGAAGAACGAUACACGACAGUGUGUUUACGGUAAGUGCCAUUACUGCAAGCCCACGGAAGCCGUGUGCGAUGAUGCGGAGACAGAUCAACUGGAAGGAGCACUCCUUCUGCUGGUACCGGGCAAGUUCUCCAAAUAUCGUUCACCGUGGCAGCGAACCUAUCGCGAUGGAGUACAGGCUGAGUGGGAACGUGCCGAUGGAUAUUGUGGAAGAGUCAAGGAAAGACUGCCUCUGGACCGACUGUUGGAUCUGAUAGAUGUAGCCAUUUUUGAUUUCCUAAUUCAGAACGGUGAUCGACAUCACUAUGAAACCAGAGAUGAUCGGGUACUACUCAUGGACAAUGGGAAAGGAUUCGGAAAUCCUUUCAAGGACCAUUUCGAUAUAUUGGCACCAUUGUAUCAAUGCUGCAUUAUCCGCAAAUCUACGUGGGAACGAUUGCAAAUAUUUUCCGGCGGAGCUUUAACAGAAACACUUAAGGGAUUGAGUGAAAUUGAUCUCCUGCAUCCUUUACUAACCAAAGACCAUUACGACGCCAUCGAACGACGGUUACUACUCAUUUACACUACCGUGGAGAUGUGUCGCGAAAAGUACAAUAGCAGAAUUUUUAAAUGACCGAACCAAACCUUUGUUGAUUUUCUUUCAAAUAAACUUUUGAACCAUG